UCCCAGAGUGGGUGGAAACAGAGAAAUGCAGCUCCCUCCACCAGCUUACUUCCCCUCAAUCCCUGGGUAGGAAGGUCGCACAGUAACUCCUGAUUCGCUUCUGCAACUUUCCAAGCUCUGCCCUCCCUCUCAAAUAAAACUACCAGUGGAUAGAAGCUGCAGUGUGCAGCUAGCAAGUGGCAAAGAACACAUCAUGUACAUUGAGAGUCCCAGGGCUUAACUUUGUUUUGAGAAACCGGCCAAGAUUUAACAGCCAGAAGGAGGUGCGGGUUUGCAAAAAACGCACAAGUGACCGAUCCAACGUUUGAAAAGGGGAUGGAUCUCCACACGGGGAUGCAGAAGAUGUCCAUUCUUUAUCAAACAGGAAAGGGAGCUCCAUGUUUGGGAUGCAGAGGAAUGUGCAAAGCAUUUGAGCCACAUCCUUGGAGGAAGAUAUGCAAGUCAUGCAAAUGCAACCAAGAGGAUCACAGCCUGCACUCUGAUGCUGAGGACGAUCGGAAAAUCGGCCGCCUUUUGGCUGACUCUAACUAUUCCAAUCUGACUGCGCGGGUGAAGGGAGGAGAUGGAGUCCGCAUUUAUAAGAGGAACCGAAUGAUUAUUACCAAUCCCAAUGUAACAAAGAAAGAUCCAACUUUUGACACAGUCACAUAUGAGUGGGCCCCACCAGGGCUGACCCAGAAACUGGCUAUUCAUUAUAUGGAACUUAUUCCAAAGGAAAUGCAGCCAAUUGCUGGCACAGAGGGGGCCUACUAUCGCCGUAAGCAACUAAUGAGGCAGCUGCCAGUCUACGACCAGGACCCUUUCCAAUGCCAUGCUUUGUCGGAGAGUGAGGUGAAGAGCAUGGAGGAGUUUGUCAGGAAGUACAAGAAUGAGUCACUGGGAGUUGGAGAAGUGGCACUGCCAGGCCAGGUGGGUAGUGCCAAAGAAAAAGCUAACCCGAAGCAGAAAAAUGAAGCCAUGGGACAAUUUAGCAAUGGUAAAACAGCAAAAGGGGAGCCUCGGGAUGGUCCCGCUUCAACCAAUGGAACGCCACCGGAGGCCCAAGAGAGAAAUGAAUAUCAUUGUGAGCUUUGCAAGCAGCCAGUCAGCAGUGAGAGCCCCGUGGUGUAUGGGGAGCGAGCAGGGUAUGACAGGCUUUGGCACCCAGCAUGCUUUUUGUGUACCUGGUGCAGAGAACCCCUGGUGGAUCUCAUUUACUUCUGGAAGUGUGGGAAGCUCCUGUGUGGUCGCCAUUUCUGUGAGAGUGAGAAGUACCGCUGUGCUGCCUGUGAUGAGUUGAUUUUCUCAGAAGACUACAUAGAAAGCGGGGGACUGACAUGGCACAAGAAACAUUUCUGCUGCAUGGAAUGUGAGCAGCCACUGUUGGGAAAAUCCUUUGAGCUGGAGCAGGCCAAGCUGUCCUGCAUAUCCUGUUACAAAAGCACCAAGAAAAUGUGAUGGUCUUUCCCUGGAACAUGGUUUUCAUGCACAAUACGCAUUAAAGCUAAGGAAGUUUAGUCAGCUAAUGCAUAGGAAGCAGAUCUAACUAUGAUAUUGUAACCAGUUUCUAUGAGGGAAGCGGUUCCACAGAGUGGGCAUUCUUUGAUUUAUUUAUUGUCAUAAGUAUUUUGUUACAGAAUACAUUGAAACGUGUUAUAUAGUGUCGCCAUGCUCUGGCGCCAUCUUAAAAUGCAGAAAGAUAAACCAAAACAUAGAACAUAAAGACGGAAAAAUAAAGUAUUCUUUAAAAUCUCUACAAGAUUCAUUUGUGAGACAGCGGUGAGGUUUGUGUUAUUAGUUCAUUUUUUGCAAUGCCCCUCUGAGUGAAACACUUUACCAUCCAUAGAAAUGACCCAUUUUUAAUAUAAAAUGCUCAAUCUCAGCAUUCGCCUUGUCCAUAAAACACUGCUACACCCCACUCUGACUGCUCAAAAAGAAAUACUUCUGUAUAAAUAGUUGUUAGAUGUAGGUUUACAUUUGUAAAACUGACGAUAUCCAGUUGUAGAUCACUGCCGGAUAGAUAACAGAAAAUAUUGGAAGUGUUUGUGUGGAUUAAGCAUGCAAUGGGUGUUAAUACACAGAAAUCCUGUUCCACUAAUUGAUCUCUGGGAAAGUAAUGAUUCCCUUUCCCUUCCACUUAAGAGUGGAAAUGAAAGAUUUGGAUGUUAAGUGUUUAGCACCAGUUUAUAGCUGUCUUUUAUUAUUCAAAUAUGAGGACCUAAAAAAGAACCCUUCAGAACCUGUCAAUUUAAGACUGCAAGAUUUUAUAUUGGAUGAGGAUAAAAAACAUUUGUACAGUCCCUUUAUCCAAUAUUGUGGAGAGAUUCUGCUAGAUUCCUUUCAAUGUUUAUAAAUUUAGAAUAAAAAGCAACCUAAGGGCAUGGCAUGAAAUGGCUCAUGGAAAAUUUAAUCUGGAAUCUACUGAACGGACAUUCCUGUGGGGGGAUUUUGAGCUAAAAUUAAACUGCUGUUGGCAUUGAAUGUAUACAGCUGUGUAUUAUGGUAAAGGUGAAAUCCUUUUGGAUGGUCACUAACAAAAUAUCAGCACUUGGAAUUGAACCCAUUGUAUUUUGCAGUUUAGAUUAAACAAGCACCCUUGUGCAAAAAGACAACCUGAGAAUUUCCCGGAAGAUCCCCAACUGCCUGAAUUGGUAGUGACAGCGAAUAAGCCAAGCUUAUAAUUUGAUUGAACAAUGCUGAGCUCGUGCAAGAGGAAGGGUGUUGCUGUGCCCCUGGCUGAAGAGGAGAAGAUCAACCAGGAUUCACAUUCCCACGUCACUAUCCCCGGUAACCUCUGUCUGUGGAUGAAGGUAAAAGUAGCAUUCUGCUAUGAUGCCCAUCAUAGUCAGAUAGCCCCUUGGCAUUCUCAGUGUACCAGCAAAGUAGUCUCAUGAGCCAGACACAGUAAUGGAGCCCUGUACCCACGGGCUGUGCCACAGAAAGGAAUGAUUACAGAGGCACCGAGAAACCUUAACAACCAUCAUAUCUGUCAGUUUAGAGUUUAAAGUUAUUGCCUCUGAGGUGAUCUCGGCUAAGUUUAGCUUUGAUUUGAACAAAUUGCACAAAGUCAUAAGAGGACAUAAUGAUUGAAUUUUGAAUGUGCUCUUGGGUAAUUACAUUGUUGUUGGAAUUUCUUUUAUGACAGACAGACCAAUCUUGGUGUCUUCAUGCUGAGAAUGUUCCUGUUUUAAGAUAUUACUGCACAGCUGCUAAACAGCAUACUCCCAAUGACAUUUCUCUUGCAGCAGAUAAGCUGACACUUUUCUUAGAUGUAUUGGAGGGGAUUCAGGGGGAAAGAAAUGCCUGAAGUCUACAUCUGUACAAUUUAUUAAUGCAAUGUUAUUUAGAAACCAACUACUCUCAGACAGAGACAGAAACAAGUUGCACUUACUGUCUUUUUAUGCUGUUAUUUUUGUAAAAGUAUCUCAUUGCUUUACAUUGGAAUAACUUCAAGUUUUCUUGAUUAAAAAUGCAUUGAUUCUUAGUUGUAGUCGAAACUGCAAAAGUUAUGGAUUCACAUUUCCAACUACGAGCAUCAUUGAAGUGGAGCCUGAUGGGCAAUUGACAUGAAAGUUUCCCAGUCCAUUAAUUCCUGUAUGACCUAUUGGCUUGUGUAUCAAAAGUUCUUCCUCAUAGACCCUCUUUGAUAGCUUAAGCUAUAUGUCAACCAUGUGAAUCUGUACACUAGUUCAGUGCCUGUGUUAAUAUUGAGAUGCUGGGGUUACCUCCGUUUAAAAUAUUUCCUUGUAAUAUUUUGUUGAGAAUAAAAUGUUCAAUACAA